ACUCGCCGGCGACGGCUGAUGACGCAAGAGCCCGCUCUCACUUUUCAGCGGCAGGCGAAGGGGGCUGAGGAAAGGAGGUGGGUCUAGGUAGGGGAAGUUGGGGUGCCACCAGACGGAGACAGCUUGGACAACCAGAAUCAAGCACUCUUUUGGAAGAGGGUAAUCUCUCUCCAAAAACUGAGGACACUUACCUUCCCCAUAUAUUGAGUCCAGCUGUGUUUGGUGGCCCAGGUACUAAUUUCAAGAUGCCAGGACGUUCCAGUUCAAAUUCAGGUUCAACUGGUUUCAUCUCCUUCAGUGGUGUAGAGUCUGCUCUCUCCUCCUUGAAAAACUUCCAAGCCUGUAUCAACUCUGGUAUGGACACAGCUUCUAGUGUUGCUUUGGAUCUUGUGGAAAGUCAGACUGAAGUGAGUAGUGAAUAUAGUAUGGACAAGGCAAUGGUUGAAUUUGCUACAUUGGAUCGGCAACUAAACCAUUAUGUAAAGGCUGUUCAAUCUACAAUAAAUCAUGUGAAAGAAGAACGUCCAGAAAAAAUACCAGAUUUAAAAUUAUUGGUAGAGAAGAAAUUUUUGGCUUUACAGAGCAAGAAUUCUGAUGCAGACUUUCAAAAUAAUGAAAAAUUUGUACAGUUUAAACAACAGCUGAAAGAACUAAAGAAGCAAUGUGGUCUUCAAGCUGACAGAGAAGCUGACGGAACAGAAGGAGUGGAUGAAGAUAUAAUUGUGACCCAAAGUCAGACCAACUUCACCUGCCCCAUUACAAAGGAGGAAAUGAAGAAGCCAGUGAAAAAUAAAGUGUGUGGCCACACCUAUGAAGAGGACGCCAUUGUUCGCAUGAUUGAGUCCAGGCAAAAGCGGAAGAAAAAGGCCUACGAAAUGCUCUGCCCGGGUAGUGCCUGGAGGUGGGGACCCAGCCGCUCCUGCGAGGCCUGAAGGGCUGACUCCUGCACAGCGAUGAUGCGGCAGCUGAAGAUCGGGUAUUGCCACACUGAACUCGCUCACCAAGAUGUCGUGGGAUUAAUGCCGAAUGCUUACGGAGACAGUUGUUUCUCCAGAGGAGGCAUGCCCUGAUUCAGCACUGUGGCAUGAUGGCCUUCUCUUAUCCUUUCUGCUUUAAAAACUUGUGUUUAUUGGAGAUGAAGGAGAAACAAGGUCCUUCCCAGUUCCAGCAUCAACCUCGCCUCCAGGAAGUCUUCCCUGAGCCCUUAUUCAUGCUGGACAAAAUGUCGUUAGCACCCCAUGUCAUGCCAACAUUGUCGGUGCAGCUGGCUCCUCUCCACGAGCUUCUUGAGAGCGGAAGCUGUGGACUAGGGCAGGGACUGGUGCACGGCAGGACCUGAAGUGAACUCCCCAGUCCUUGACACACAUCAGCCUGCUUAUUUCUCAGCCUUAUUGGACAGGCUUGUCCUCUGCCUUCAUGUUCUUAAAGGGAAAAACUGAGGCACAGAGAAUUUAGUCACUUACCCAGAGUGACACAGCCGGGGGUUUAAGCCCAGGUCUUUCUCACUCUUGAGCCUGCAAUUCUGUCAGUAGGCCAUCCAGCUCCCCUUGGGAGGGCUAUUUGGUUCAUGCCUCUGCCAUCAGAGUCUAUCUCCUCAGUGAGUUCAGACCUUGUUUGACAUGGCUCACCCUGGGAUCCAUCCCACUGAAGUGAAGGUGGGCGCCUGCUCUGCAGCUGAGUGUGUGGUUAAGUCCAUCAGACAUUCUCAGCAUGCUCUCAUGCACUGACUAAAACCAUGAUGUCAUCAGGAAGUCCUCCCCACCUCACUCUCCACUUCCCUCUCCACUGCUUAUUCACUGUCUGGCUAUGAGAGUUAAGGCCUUUGCUGGGUAGAAUGGAAGAGACCAAGGCCAGGCAGUCCAAAGCAGAUAUUCAGGGUUAUGUUUUAAGGGAGGGUCAUCCCAGCAACCUACUUGGAGUUGCAUUUCAAUGUCAUGGAAGCCAAAGUUAUGAUACUUGGCUUUUCUAGUCACAAAAGUGUCUGUAUCCUCUUCAUGAUCUUAGCUGCUUAUUUUCAUACUUACAGACAUAAUUCACCAGGCACGGUGGCUCAUGCCUGUAAUCCCAGCGCUUUGGGAGGCCAAGGCAGGUGGAUCACUUGAGCUCAGGAGUUCAGGACCAGCCUGGGAAACAUGGUGAAGCUCUGUCUCUACCAAAAAUUUUUUAAAAAUUAGCCAGGCGUGAUGGUAUGCGCCUGUGGGCCCAGCUACUCAGGAGGCUGAGGUGGGAGGAUUGCUUGAGCCUGGGAGGCAGAGGUCACAGUAAGCAGAGAUAGUGCCACUCCAGCCUGGGUGACAGAAUGAGACCCUGUC